UUUGGGAGGUGUAGUGGAAGAAAGGCAAAGAAACGGAGUAAAUGAGAGCACUUUUGUCCAGAUUGUUGAAGGACUUAUCAACUUAAUAUACCGCCGAAACAGCUCACUAUAAUGAGACGGACACAUUGUUGAAUUCCUGUCCAGGUAAAUGUCCGCGCUUCCUUCGCAUGGUUAACUACAAGAGGUCGACAGCUAGACAGGGGAACUUGAAAGAGGAACUUGGCACUCUGAAGUAGAUCACACUCGUACUGGUUCCAUUGUGGCAUUUGAACACAAACCAAGCGUCGCUUCAGGGACUGUUUUCCAGCAACAGGUAACCACCAUUGAGGCUUUAAACCCCAGGACCCCGUCUCCAGGCUCCUGCACAGGGCUGAGUGAAGGAAACUUGGGAAACAAAGCUGUGUCUCUCCCUGUGGGAAUCCUGGAUCCUCCACCCUGCCCACCAACAUGACCAAUGUGGUGAUUGUCAAGGAGGGAUGGCUGCAUAAAAGAGGAGAAUACAUCAAGACCUGGAGGCCAAGGUAUUUUCUUCUGAAGAGUGAUGGUACAUUCAUCGGCUACAAAGAGCGACCGCAAGAUGUUGACCAGCUGGAAACCCCCUUAAAUAACUUCUCUGUCGCACAGUGCCAGCUGAUGAAGACAGAACGGCCCAAGCCCAACACAUUUAUCAUCCGCUGCCUGCAGUGGACCACUGUCAUCGAGCGUACCUUCCACGUGGAGACCCCCGAGGAGAGGGAAGAAUGGACUAAAGCCAUCCAAGCAGUGGCUGAAGGCCUGCAGAAACAAGAGGAGGAGAUGAUGGACUCCUCUCCAGACCCCAUGGACAUGGAGGUCUACCUGACCAAAAUCAGACACAAAGUGACUAUGCACGACUUUGAAUACCUCAAACUCCUGGGAAAAGGCACUUUUGGCAAAGUUAUCCUGGUAAAGGAGAAGGCCACAGGACGCUACUAUGCCAUGAAGAUCCUAAAGAAGGAGGUGAUCGUAGCAAAAGAUGAAGUGGCGCACACACUUACAGAGAACAGAGUCCUCCAGAAUUCAAAGCAUCCGUUCUUGACAGGACUAAAAUACUCCUUCCAGACACAUGACCGCUUGUGCUUUGUCAUGGAGUAUGCAAACGGCGGUGAGCUUUUCUUCCAUCUGUCAAGGGACCGCGUGUUCUCAGAGGAGCGGGCACGGUUCUACGGUGCAGAGAUAGUGUCAGCGCUGGACUACCUGCAUGCUGAAAGAAACGUGGUCUAUCGAGAUCUAAAGCUGGAAAACCUCAUGCUGGACAAAGACGGACACAUAAAGAUCACAGAUUUUGGCCUGUGCAAGGAGGGGAUCAAAGAUGGGGCCACCAUGAAAACGUUCUGUGGGACACCAGAGUACCUAGCACCAGAGGUGCUAGAAGACAACGACUAUGGCCGUGCUGUGGACUGGUGGGGCCUGGGUGUGGUGAUGUAUGAGAUGAUGUGUGGCAGACUGCCUUUCUACAACCAGGACCACGAGAAGCUGUUCGAGCUCAUCCUCAUGGAAGACAUCCGCUUUCCUCGCACGCUCGGCCCCGAGGCUCGCUCGCUGCUCUCUGGCCUUCUCAAGAAAGACCCAAUGCAGAGGUUAGGUGGAGGGCCUGACGAUGCCAAGGAAAUCAUGCAACACAAGUUCUUUGCAGGAAUUGAGUGGCAAGAUGUUUAUGAGAAGAAGCUGGUCCCGCCGUUUAAGCCGCAAGUUACCUCGGAGACGGACACACGAUAUUUUGACGAGGAGUUCACAGCACAGACCAUCACUAUUACGCCACCCGGACAAGAUGACAGUAUGGAGUCAUUCGACAGCGAGCGGAGACCCCACUUCCCCCAGUUCUCCUACUCUGCCAGUGGGACAGCCUAAACGACUCAUACAUUCCCCUGGUCCCACCAUCUCCCCUCACCCCACCCGACUGCACUCUCAAAAGAGCGGGGGCCGCAGCCCCUGUCCUCCCAGCAUUGUCUGCAGAUGCCGUUGGUGGAUGUAACAUUUACAGUCUGCAAGUUGUGUUUUCCAGGAAGAAGGAAGUUCAAGACAAAAGAAAGAUAACUGUGGUUGUUCUGUGAGGCCUUUUGAAGGCUGACCACGGAGAGAGAGUUAACACUACCCUGCAUUUCCUGGUUGUUAUGUUGUAUACUGAGCAGGCAUCCAUACACCAUAAUGAAGGGGGAAAUGUAGUUAUGUUAUGCACAAAUUAGGCCACUGGUGAAUUUUGAAAAGGGCCAUUUUGUAUUGAAAAAACACAACUGAAUAUCAAUCAAUCAUUUAAAGUAGAAAAAGGCAUACUGUGGACCAAAAACAUCAUGUGAGCAGAGAGUGUGUUGUUUGUUGAGUGGGUAAUAAAUCCAUGUUUUCCUCUCUAAGACUUCUGAACAAUUCAAAUUCAGACUUCAAGACAUUUUUGGCUUCAAAAGUGAAUGUACCGUAUCAAAUAAAGUUGAUCUUUCUGCAUACUUC